AUGGAAAGGAACCCACCUGCAAAUGUAGGAGACACGACUUCGAUCCCUGGGUCAGGAAGAUCCACUGGAAAAGGAAACGAAACAGCCUGCCACCCCCUGGGAAAGAGACCCUGCGAGAUGCAAGCCUUCAGGAUCUGGGAUGUCAACCAGAAGAUCUUCUACCUGAGGAAUAACCAACUAGUUGCUGGAUACUUGCAAGAAGCAAAUAUUAAAUUAGAGGAGAAGAUAGAUGUGGUACCCAUCGAACCUCAUACUAUGUUCCUGGGGGUCCAUGGGGGGAAGCUGUGCCUGGCCUGCAUCAAAUCUGGAGAUGAGAUCAAGCUCAAGUUAGAGGCUGUGAACAUCACCGACUUGAAUCAGAACAGGGAGCAGGACAAGCGCUUCGCCUUCAUCCGCUCUGACAACGGCCCCACCACCAGCUUCGAGUCGGCUGCCUGCCCCGGCUGGUUCCUCUGCACAUCACUGGAGGCCGACCAGCCCGUGGGCCUCACCAAUACGCCCACAGAGGCCAUCAAGGUCACCAGGUUCUACUUACAGCAGGACUAGUCAUGGUGCUCAGCCUUUCCUGUCCCCAGUCCCAGCAUGUCCAUGACUCCAGAGAUGACUGUCCACCCUGCUCAGGGUCUCCUGGGUGUUGUGGGGCUCAGCAGGGGCCUUGGCUAGGGGGACCUUCAGAAGGAGGUACAAGAGCCCUGGGAACAAGACCCAGUCUCCAACCUCCUCUGCUCACACAGCCUCCCUCCACAAGGUCUUUCUAAAGUGCAGAUGGAAC